AUGGGUAAAAUAAAAAUGAUAGAUAGUGUAUGCAGCGACUUCAAUCGGAGCUACCUUUCGAACGUGUCACUUGUGGUUAAGAAUUCCAGGGUAUAUUUCGACACAUUCCUGCUACGUACUUUAGACAAGGGCAUCACGAUGGACUUGGGGUUCCUCAUAAGCCUUCAGAAGUCUAGGGAGUACAAGAGGAUCUUCCAGUACUCGCUGGACAUGUGCAGCAUACUGGCCCUGAAGAAGAGCAGCAUGUUCAAGCGAUGGUUUUCCACCCUCUUCGAGGCGGGUAACUUUCCGCGAUACUGUCCCGUGCAGCCCAGCCACUACUAUCUGAAGGACUACAACUACAACACGCUAUUUCUUCCCACUUUCCUGUAUGCGGGACAAUAUAAGGUGACAUUCAACAUGACACAGUAUCAGGAUAAGCGAAAAACUAGGGACUUUGUGAUCGCAUGCGCCUUCUUUGUUGAAAUAAAAUAA